GGUUAGCGUGUCAGGACAGAGCUGUGUGUCCCGGGUACUGAAGCCUCCAGCCAAGGGUCUUGGGUUUCCCUGUGAGUCACAUUGGUCACGGCACCGGGUGACAGAUGGCGUCCAGAAGUGCCGGCACAUUGAUCACCCACAACAAUGCCACCUACAUCCCACCUGCUCUCAUGCCUGGGUACCGUGGACAUAUUCCAACUGAGGCAUUCACUUAUGGAGAUACGUAUGGAAACACCACAGCGCGCUGCUUCCAGGAUUUCCGUUCCUCAGCUCUCAGUUCAAGCCAGAGUCCUUACUGCAAAGGAGGACAGUUCCCUACCAGUUACUCCAAUGACCCUGCACUGGUGCUGAGCAAUCGAUCCCGUGGCUGGGACAGGUUCUUAUACAGUCCUAACUGGUCCCGAUACCACGUAGACCAUAACAGGACCCAGGAGCUGGACCAGUUCAGAAAGAGUGCUCAGCAACACAGAGACCACUACCGAGACAAAACCGGAACUGUGCCACAAGUGCCCCACUUCAUCUUACCUGUGAAGAAUGAGGACAAUUACCCUCUACCCCAACAAUGGAUCUGAAAUGGCCUUACUUUCCUCCAUGAAUACAAGGAACCCAAAAACACCAUUAUUGCCAUCAAUGGACUGAUAUAAUAAAUAAAUAUUGAGUCUUA